AUGCUACCACCCUCUCUGCGAUCCACUCGCAGAUUCUCUUCCACCCUCAAAACCCUUAAACCCUCACAACCACCCGUCCUCAAAACUCUCAAAUCCGAGUGGGACCCCCACAAGCUCUUCCAUCUCUUCAAAGCCAAUGCCACCAACCGCCUCCUCGUCCAAAACCGCUUCGCUUUCUACGACACCGUUUCGCGCCUCGCCGCCGCUAAACGCUUCGACUACAUCGAGAAACUACUCGAACACCAGAAAACGUUACCGCAGUCCCGCAGCGAAGGCUUCGUCAUUCGGAUUAUCACCUUGUAUGGGAAGGCUGGUAUGGUUCGUCACGCGCUUGAUACUUUUUAUGAAAUGCAUUGUUUUAAAUGCCGUACAACUGUUAAAUCUUUCAAUGCCGCGCUUAAUGUUUUGGUUUCCAAUCGGAGAUUUCAUGAGGUUAUUAAGUUUUUAGAUGAGGUUCCUUCUAGGUUUAAUAUUAAAUUAGAUGUUUAUUCUGUUAACAUUGCUGUUAAGGCCUUUUGUGAAGAUGACAAGCUUCAAGAGGCUUAUUUGUUUAUGAUUGAUUGUGAGAAUAAUAAAGGUGUGAACCCGGAUGUUGUUACGUAUACCACUCUUAUCUCCGCGUUUUAUGAGGAUGACAGAUGGGAGAUUGGGAAUGGGUUGUGGAACCGGAUGGUGUUCAAGGGUUGUAUGCCGAAUCUUCAUACUUUUAAUGUUCGGAUUCAGUUUUUGAUUACUGUUAGGCGGGCUUGGGAUGCUAAUGCUCUGAUGGGUUUGAUGCGGAGACUUGGGGUUACGCCCGAUGAGGUUACGUUAGUUUUGGUUAUUAAGGGUUUUUUUCUCGCUGGUUAUCCUCAGAUGGCGAUGAGGGUUUUUUCGUCCUUACAGAGGAAGGGUUAUAAGACUAGUGCUAAUAUUUACCAGACGAUCGUUCAUUAUUUGUGUAAGAGAGAGGAUUUUGGUCAGGCGUACACUAUGUGUGAAGAUAGUAUGCGGAAAAAUUGGUUUCCGAAUAUAGGUACUAUCUUUAUGCUGCUGGAAGGCCUAAAGAGAUUUGGGGAGAUUGAUAAAGCGAGGAAGAUUGUUGCGUUGGCUGAGAGCAGAAAACCUCCCUUCUAUUCCAGUUAUUUGGCUAAAAUGCAGUCCUUAUUGUCAGGGCGGUAA